GUGAGGGGGCUCGGCCCGGGGCUGCCGUGAGGGGGCUCGGCCCGGGGCUGCCGGCGGGAACAGCGGAGAGCGCCCUGUCCGCCCCCGCCGCAGCCCCGCGGGGCGGGAGGUCCGGGCCUGCCCCGGCCCCGGGCGCUGUGCGGGCUCUCGGCCCGGGCUCCGCUGGGCCCUCCCCCGGCACGGGCUGUGCCGGCACCCCGGGACAGGGCGGGAAGAGUUUUCCCUGAGGAUUUACCGUGAGGGGAUUUCUUUUUUGCGCUGAGGUUCCUGAGCGGGACUGGGUGACAUGUUUUAGUUUAAAACAUCGUUGUAGAGAAAGCGUAAAGCGGUCACUUGGCUUCUGGGCAAGGCAGGUGUAACAGGUACCCAGAGCUCAAGUGAUGGCUGAAGUAACAGUUGUUUUCACUGGGAGUUUUGUUUUUGGUUUGUGGUUUUUUCACAGCCAGGGUCUGGUGUAUUACACUGAAGUGAAAGCAGCAAAACUGCACGUAAUACAUCAAUAAUACAGAACAAGUUGAGACUGGUCAUGAAGACCUUUUGUGGAAGAGCUAAUCCAACCACUGGUGCCAUGGAGUGGUUAGAGGAGGCUGAGGACUAUGACUACCACCAGGAGAUUGCCAGGUCACGCUAUGCAGAUAUGCUUCAUGAUAAAGACAGAAAUGUGAAGUACUACCAAGGUAUCCGUGCUGCAGUGAGCAGGGUGAAGGAGAGAGGUGACAAAGCAAUAGUUCUGGACAUAGGCACGGGCACAGGACUCCUGGCCAUGAUGGCAGCUUCAGCUGGGGCAGAUUUCUGCUAUGCAGUCGAGGUUUUCAGGCCCAUGGCUAACGCUGCUGUGAAGAUAGUGGAGAAAAAUGGUUUUUCUGACAAGAUCAAGGUAAUCAACAAGCACUCCACUGAAGUCACAGUUGGCCCAGAUGGAGAUAUGGAAUGUCGUGCAAACAUCCUGGUCACAGAAUUGUUUGAUACAGAGCUGAUAGGAGAAGGAGCUUUACCAACAUAUGAGCACGCACACAAAUACCUUGUACAGGAAGGAUGUGAGGCAGUGCCUCACAGGGCAACAGUGUAUGUCCAGUUGGUGGAAUCCAAAAGAAUGUGGGCCUGGAACAAACUGUUUCCCAUUCAUGUUGAAGCAGAGGAUGGUGAAAAAAUUAUUGUUCCCCCUUCAGAAAUGGAGAAUUGUCCAGGUGUUCCUUCUGUUUGUGAUAUCCAACUGAACCAGGUGCCCUCAAGUGACUUCACUGCCCUUAGUGAUGUGGUGACAAUGUUCAGUGUGGAUUUCAGUAAGCCAGUACAGAGUGCUUCAACCUCCUAUAGAGUGCAGCUGGAGCCUGUUAGAUCUGGGAAGGCACAAAUUGUCCUUUCCUGGUGGGACAUUGGCAUGGACCCCUCUGGGAUGAUAAACUGCACAAUGGCUCCCUACUGGGUAAACCCCACUUCUGCUUUGCAGUGGAGGGAUCACUGGAUGCAGUGUGUGUACUUCCUGCCACGGGAGGAGCAGGUGCUGCAGGGGGAGCAGGUGCUGCUGACUGCCCGUCGGGAUGAGUACUGCCUGUGGUACUCCCUGCAGAGAGCCAGAGCAGAGGAGGCUGAAGCAGCCGGUGGUGUGGAGAGCCCUGUGUGCAGGUGUCACGCUCACCUGCUGUGGAACAGGCCUCGCUUUGGGCAGCUGAACGACCAGGCCCGGACACGCCAGUACAUCAGGGCACUGAGGACAGUUCUGAACACAGAUAGUGUUUGCCUUUGUAUCAGUGAUGGCAGUCUGCUGCCUGUGCUGGCUCACUGUCUUGGAGCAAAGCAGGUGUUCACAGUAGAAAACUCUGGUGUGUCCUGUUCUGUCAUGGAGAAACUUUUGAAAGCAAAUCAUCUUGAAGAUAAAAUUAAAAUAAUAGAAGCACGUCCUGAGUUGCUGAAGCCUUCUCAUUUUGAAGAUAAAAAGAUUUCUGUUCUUGUGGGAGAGCCAUUUUUCAGUACCAGUUUGCUGCCAUGGCAUAACCUGUAUUUCUGGUAUGCCAGGACAGCUGUGAGCAGGCACCUCAGCAACAAUGUCUCUGUCCUACCUCAGUCUGCUGCUUUGCACAUGAUGAUCGUGGAGUUCCAGGACUUAUGGAGAAUCCGGAGUCCAUGUGGCAUCUGUGAAGGCUUUGAUGUCCAGACUAUGGAUGAUAUGAUUAAAGAUUCUCUGAAUUUUAGGGAAUCCAAGGAAGCAGAACCUCACCCUCUGUGGGAAUAUCCUUGCAAGUCACUGUCUGACCCCCAGGAAGUUCUGGCAUUUGACUUCAGAGAGCCUGUGCCCCAGCAGUGCCUCAGCACAGAGGGCUCUGUGGAUCUUCUGCGGAAAGGAAAGAGCCAUGGAGCAGUUCUGUGGAUGGAAUAUCAUCUUGCUGCAGAUAUCUCCAUAAGUACAGGACUGAUGCAAAUUCCAAAUGAAAAGGGAACCUGUGCCUGGAAUCCCCACUGCAAGCAAGCUGUGUAUUUCUUCAGUCCUGUUCUUGAGUCAGAGGCUCUCUCAGACCCUACUGCUGUCACCUAUGCCAUAAGUUUCGACACAAAGACAGGGGAGAUUGCCAUGGAUUUUAAGCUAUUAUAAAAUACUUUACUUUUGCUCAUAUUCCUAAAUUAUAAUAAACUUUUUUUUUCAUACAGCAGAGGGAUUUAUUUAUUGUGCCCAUAGAACAAACUGUUCUGAAACAUGCUUUUAACAUUUUUGGGUUUGUUUUCAAAAUAUGUAGUUGGUGAGGUAGAGGAACCAUUUCUUAGGGACCAGGUGUUCUUGUCAGGGUUUAUAUACAUAUAUACACAUUCUUGUAAUCAUUGUUCCAGUGUUUUGCAUAAUGCCAUGGAACUGAAAGGCUUGCUGCUUAUUGCUUGGCAUAGCACUAGAUGAGGACACAGCCUUUCACUGACAGUAGAGAAAAGUGAGUUACACACAUCUAGUUCAAGCUUUGCUCUUGUCACUGUAAAAAGGGAAAUAAUCUUCAGAGUGCUCAAAAAGAAAUCCCAAGUCAAGCCACAUAUGUGUGUUAGUGCAGUUACUGGGGAGCAGGAAGCAGCUGAGCUGCUCACAGACUUGGCCAAGCUGUGGCUCCUAUUGACCUGAAAUGGUCAGUGAAUGAAGGGGGACACACUGACAGUCUGCUGAAGUCUUUAGAUGCUGCAUUUCUGGAGAGUCAUUUCCCAAACAGUGACCAAAAUCUCUAAAGCUGUAACCAGAAAUCAGAAAACGUACAUAUUAGAGUUAAUUGGAAGUGACAAACUGAUGGUAGUCUGAGAAACAAAAGAAGAAGAGUUGUAGUCUAAAAAACCUGCAAAUCUUUUGGAGAUAUGACAUAUGCAUUAUAUGAUUAAAAAUGUGGCCUUAUACUCAUUCCAUCAGAGGCCUAAAUAAUAUCUGCCACUUCAGCCAAGUUGUAGGCUGCUCUGAAUGCCAUGUCCUCACCUGAGGUUUUCUUAGCUGCAUUGCAAAUCAUGUUGGCAGAAAUUGUAUUGUUGAAAUUAAUUCUGCUUUAGAUGAACAAUCAACUGAUGUAUCUGUUUUGUAUGUGUGACCUAUUAAGGGAAAUGGAAAAUCAAUGUACCGCCUGUCCUGAAUUGUGUCAGCCAGCCCCAGGGAUAACUGCUUACCAAAGCUACUCCUGUUUCCUCUGAGCAGCAGCUUUAGCAAAGUGACAGAAAUACCAUAAAGAAGCCAUGAGGGAGCACAGCCCACUCUGCUCUGCUUUCCUGGUCACCAUGAUACAUCAUUCUUGCAACAGUGGUACCUCCUGAGCUGAUGCUGUUUGAGUUCCCCAUAAUACUUCUUGCCUGUUUCCUUUGAGUGGAGCCUUAAUCCUGUGGCCGUUGAAUGGGAAGCUUACAGAGAAGAAACAGUGUUUUGAACACGCUCAGCCUCUUUCUUCAGAGGUUCACCAGAACACCUGUAGCACAGUGAGACUGUACUUGACCCACCCACUUGAUCACCCUGGGAUUUGGAGUCAGAUUUCUGUUGGUGACAUCAGGCUCCACAUCAUAAAACCAGAGAAAGUGACUGCACAGAAUCAUUUGAGCCUUGAAAUUUUAUUACCUUGUUUGCAUCAACCAGUUAUUCCUUUCAGCACCAAUAGAAGACAAAAACCCCUCCAUAUUGUUUAAAAUACCUUGUUUUUAUCAGGUCUGCGAUUGUGGUUUUCUUGCAGAUAAAGAAACCAAUGAAAAUAUUUAAAUUUUUCUCUUUUUUCGUACGUUUUUAACAAAAUGUUGGAAGGUGUGUGCUUACCAUAUAAAAACAUUAGGUUCCAGAAGGAUACAAUACCGAAAAAUCAUUGAAAUAAAAAAGGUUAUUCUUAUUAUAGGAUUUCUAAAUCUUAGCAAUAUUACAAGUCUUUAAAAGCAUUGAGAUUAUAUUGAAAAUAAGAUGGCAUGGAAAAGUGAGACCCUCAGUAACAAUUUGACCCUCGUAAUGGAUGAUAAAAUUGGGAGCUUUUCAAAGUGCUUGAAUUGUAUUUCUCUUCUCAUCCUGUAGUGCCAGGAGGAGGCCAAACCACUUCAUUUCUGAGCUGAUGAUAUGUGCUGACACUGCUGUGCUGCUCUGGGAUCCAGGGCAGCUCAGGGACCAAACUGGGCACGGUCGUGCUCCGGCUGGAGCACCAGACAGAGGCCUUGGAAAAGAAGAUUCUGCAGUGGAAUUGUAUGUUCCCUAAAUCUGACUGUCUAACCCAACAAGUAGGACUGCAGGUCUAGCCAGCCUGACUGAGAGUGCUUCUGGGCUAAAACUGUGUCACAAUCCUGGCACAAGGCAGGUGAACUCAUUCUCCAGCCAGCAGGACAGAGACUGGCGGGCUCUGGGAGCCAGGCUGGGGCAGUGGGGCUGGGGCAGUGGGGCUGGGGGCUUUGACAGCUCCCACUGAGCAGCCAGGCUGGGCUGGGACAGACCCCCUGGGCUGGAACAAACGGGCUGGGCUGGGACAGACCCCCUGGGCACCGCUGGAAUUGGUUAAAGGCCUUUGCCCACAGCACAAAGCUGGGUGUUCCCACCCUGGUGCUCAGUGGCUGGAGUGGAGCCGGUGGAUCCAUCGGACAGACAGGGCAGGGAUUGACUGGAGCUGGAUGUGCCUGAGAGGCCACGUUCUCGAGGGAGUGUUCUGGAGUGACCUAAAGUUACUGACUUUGUCAGGACCUGACACCCUGAACACUUCUGGAAGUGCUUACUUUUUGACUGUCCUCAUUUGUGUCUUUUGCUCACUUAUUCUAGAAGUGAUGUUGUAAAAUGCAAAUUGAAAUGAGAAACAGGAGAUGUUAUAUACCCUUUAUAAAAAGAUGACCCUUGC